CAUGUCCAGGGCAGCCCUGUAGGAGCAAGGACAGAGGACAAAGCUCUGCCUCAACCAUGAAACACGCAUUGCACAUAGCAUAAUUAGUAUACUGAACAAAGAAGUGCUUCCGCAGCGGAGUCGGAGGCGGGCCCUGCAGGAUGUCGCCUCUUUCGCUGAAACGCUUGUUUGCCGGCAAAGGCAAAUCUCAGCUGCAGCUAUCUGCGCUAUGCAUUGGCGAGUACUCCCGCCUGACUGAGCAAAUACCUGCCGACCACAACUACCAUGAGCUGGAAAACCUCCUGGCCCCUGAGCGUGGGCAAGGCGAGGGCCCGGUGGGCCCAGCGAGUCAAGCAUCGCCCGUGCCCAAGUCAAGCGGGCUAGGCUCCGCGCAGUCCUUCAGGGGCCUGCAAUCUUUUAAGCAUCUGCUGCAGCAUUUGGGCGGGGCAAGCCGGGAGGGCGGCCCGGCGCCGCAGGCGGAGGGCGAGGCGCAGCAACAGCUGGCGCAAUUCGUCAAGCAGCUGGGCGGCGGCGCCUCCGAGGUAUCUUUCGUGACGGCAGCUGAAGACGGCCUGCUGUCGCGCGAACGCGUGUUGGCCAAGCUGACCAAGCUGUUCAAGCAGUCCGCGGCGCCGGUGGUGCUAGUGGCGUACAGCGGGCCCAGCGACGAGCGAGGAAACUGGUGCUUCGCGGGGCAGGCCUCGGCAAGCGGCGCCAGCGGCAGCGCCUCGGCAGCGGGCAGCCUGCCCUACUCCGGCUCACACGGCGCGCCCAGCUCUCCCACCACCGGCGGCGGAGCCGUCGGCAGCAGCGUCAGCAGCUGCGUGGUCAGCUUCCGCGAGGUGUCGAUGCUGUGGCAGCGGCACCGCAAGCACAGCCAGCGGCUGGUGCUGCUGCUGGACUGCGCCAACAGCGGCUACUGGGUCAGCGCGCUGCGGCUGCUGAGCAAGGCGGAGCAGCUGGAGCUGAGCCUGGGCGUGCAGGCCAGCGACUGCAGCGCGCCGGCGGUGGCGGACAGGCAGCUCACCUACAUGCCGGGCAUCUUCACGCAGCUCUUCCUCUCCAAUAACAAGUGGCGGCGCGCGCCGCGGCCCAGCGCCGCCGCGGAGCACCCGCACCCGCACCCGGGCCAGGGCCAGGACCAGCCGCAGGCUGCAGGGGCCGCGACCGGGCCGGCCGGCGGCGGCAAUGGCGGCGGCGGCGGCGGCGGCCGGGCUGCAGAGCGGUGGCUGCCGGGCAUGCUGCCCAGCUACUACGCCACGUGGCUGAACGACAGCCUGGUGGACUACGGCAUUGCGCUGCGCUUCUUCAACUGCAACGUGAUGGCGGCGGCCUCCCACACCCGCGCCUCGCUGGUCACCGAGCCCAGCUCUCCCGUUACACUCGCCAGCGGCGGCGCCCGCCGCGCCUCCAGCAUCAUCAUGAUGGCGGCGGCGGAGGGCGCCGCCGGACUGGCCCGGCCGUCACGCCAGGGCGAUGCGGCGCUGAUGGCGGAGAAGGCGGCGCCUCACAGCGCGACGGACGGCGGCGUGGAGGGCGUGUGGUCGCCGUUGCGGCACGCGGACACGGAUCAUUUGGAGCAGCAGCGGGAGCAGCAGCGGGAGCAGCGGCGGGGAGGCGCAGGCGCAGGGGCAGGCGGGGAGGCGGGGAGUGGCAGCGGGCUGCUGAACGCGGCGGGGGAGCUUGUGGGCCCGGCGGACAGCCCUGAGGGCGCGGAUCGAGACGCAUCGCGGGCAGCCAUGAGCAUGCGCGCAGUGUCGGUGCCGGACGCGGCGCGGCGGCGCUUCUCCUCCCUCGCCGACUACUACGUGAGCAGCUCCGGCUCCGGCUCAGGCACCGGCGCCGGCGCCGCGGCGGGUGUGGCGGCCGCCGCCAACAGCCCCAUCCACAGCGCGCACAACCCGCUACAUGGGUCCGCGACGGCAACUGGCAUCGUCGCGUCCUACCCCUCGCAGCAGCCGCAGCGGCCGCCGGGUGCGGACGUGCGAGCCGCCAGCAGCGGCAGCGGCAUCGGUUACAUCAUGCUGCAGCGGCUGCUUGGCUCGCCCUCAAAGAGCCAGUCGCAAGUCAACGCGCGCAGCGGCGGGACGGGCGGCGGCGGCGACGGCGCGGGCGGCGGCGUGCCUUCAGAGCCGGGGGUCGGGCAGCUCCACCCCGGGCAGUUGGGCAUGCCGCAGCAGGACCUGAUGGCGGACUCGCCUGGCCACAGCACCAGCAUGCACGGCGCCAUGCUGCCCGGCGAGCAGCCGGUGCACAUGUCCUUCCCUGCAUCCGCGGAGGCCGGCGGCGCGGGCGCGGGCGCGGGCAUGGCCGCAGGCCGGCCGCUACAGCGGCGGGCGGCCAGCGGUGACGCGGCGCACGUGGGCGUGGCGGCCGCCGCCCCGCGCUUCGGCGCCGACUCCAUGCCGCACAUCCUGGAGUCCGAGCCGGCGGAUGCCAGGGGCGAUGGCGGCGGCGUGGGCGGGGCCGGGGGCGUGCGGCAGCAGCCGGCGCAGGCCUGGACGGAGCAGCAGCAGCAGCAGCCGCGCGCGCGCAGCGGCGCCGCGGGCGCAGCAGAGGCGGGGCAGGGGUACGCGCUGGGCGCGGCGGCGGACGCGGCGCGCCGGGCGGGCGCGGCGGUUCGGCCGUGGGAGGUGGAGAUCGAGGUCGAGGCGGAGGAUGUGGAGGAUGCGGAGGCGGGCGGCUAUGAAGCCGCCGGCGGAGCCGCCGCCGGCACGGGCGCCAGCGGCGUGGACAGCGGCGUGGGGCUGGCGGUGCAGGCCAGUGCUCGCAGCGACACGGCGGCGGUGGCGUGGGGCCGGCGCUCCACGCGUGCGGAUCGCGACCUGCUGCUGGCGGAGCUGGACCAGCGCAACGCCGGCAGCACCGCGUCCUUCACGGCGGGCGGCGGUGGGGGCGCGGGCGGCGGCGGCGGUGGAGGAGGCGGGUUCGUGAACCAGCUGUACGGCGCGCUGCAUGAAGUCGCCACGGAGCAGCGGCUGUGGGGCCGGCGCGCCCCGCUGGAGGGCGACGAGUCCAUGGGCGACAUGAUGCGGGACGUGGAGCUGGACCGCCGCGCCUCCAACGCCAGCCUGCCCUCAUUCAUGCUGCCGCGCGCUGAGCUCCUCAGCACCGGAACACACGGCGCCGUCGCCGUCGCCGGCGGCGGCGCAGCAGGCGGCGCCGGCUCCGCCGGCGCGGAGGACGCGGAGCGCGGCGCUGCCACCGUCCUGGCCAUUCCCCUGUCCAGCACCAACAUCACGGCGACGCUGGCGGCCGGCGGCGGCGGCGGCGGCAAGGCGGGCACGCGCGCGCCAGUGGCGACGCCGCGUAUGUCCGGCCUGGGCGCGCUGGGGGCGGCGGGCGCCGGCGGCGUGGGCUCGGGGUCUAGCGGAGGAGGCCCUGCGCUGUCAGGACGGCCGAGCAUCAACACGCCGCGUCAGGCCAGUCGCCUGUUUAUGACCUCGCUCGCCAACGUCCAUGCCGCCGCCGGAGGCCAUGACGGCAGCGGCGGCAACGCCUCCAGCCUCGCCAGCGGGCUGCUGAUGACGGAUCCGGAGAUGGAGCUGGCGAUGGAGGCGGCGGCGGCGGCGGCGGGGCGUAUCGAGCUCAUGAGCGGAAACGUGCCGGCGGCGACGGACCCGGCGGCGCUGUCGGCGCUGGUAGCGGCGGCCAUCGGCGGCAGCGCGCGGCCGCGGGCGCAGACGUCCGCGGCGGUAGAGGGCAUGCUGCGGCAGAUGCAGGAAACGCAGGCGGCCGCCGGAGGUGGCUUAAACGAGGCCGGCGGCGCCAGCCUGGGUGUGCAGGGCAGCAGCAACGACGACGACGGUAGCUCGGGGCUCAGUGGCGGCGGUAGCGGCGGUGGCGGGGGCGGCGGCGGCUUCUUGUUUGAUGCGGCGAUGCACAUACUGAUGAAGCAGGCGGAGGCGCUGGUGAGCGCGCUGCCGGAGGAGAUGGCGGAGCUGGCCGCGCUGGCGUCACCGGCGGGCGCGGGCGGUGCCGGCGCUGGUAGCGGCAGGGCCCGCCCGGGCACGCCGUCUGCUCUGGCGGUGGACUCGCCGCAGCCUUGUGCGUCGCCGACACUGUCGCCGAUGACGUCUGGCAUCGAGCGGCGGCGGAUGCGGGCCUCGGGCGCGGGCGUGCUGCAGAGCCGCGACAGCGGGCCGCUGGGGCUGGGGCCGGCGCCGGCGGCGAGUGUGAUGCUGCGCAGCCUGUUGAAGCAGCACGUGUCCAUUGCGGAUUCCAUGGAGCUGGAUUCCGUGCUGGGCGGCUCGCCGAGCGCGGUCUGCGGCGGCGGCGGGGGAGGCGGCGGCGGGCGGCGCGCGGGCCGGUUCGAGAUGGCCGGCAGCGAGUCGUCUUCGUUUGUGUUUGGCGAUGACCGGGACCGCUUCGAGGUGCUGCGCAUGAUGCGGGACUACCAGGGAGACCUGGCGGACGACGGCGGCGGCGGCGGCGACACAGACACAGACAUGGGCGGCGGCGGCGGCGAUGGCGGCGAUGGCGGCGGCGGCGGCAGCGACUGCCCCAUGCCGCCCACCCGUAGCCGCGCCCGCCGCAGCGGCGACGAGGACGGCGGCGAUGGCGAUGAUGGCGAGGAGGGCGGCGAGGAGGAGGACGACCAGUUUGAAGAUGAGGAUGACGCGGCGGCGGCCGACGCGGAGCGCUUCCGACAGGCGGCGGCGGAGGCGCGCGCCGCGGCGGCGGCGGCCCUGGCGGCGGAGGAGGGGCAGGGGCAGGGGCAGCCCCAGGGGUCGGGGCCGCCGCCGCCGUCCAACCGGGGCGGCGAGAUGCGCGUGUACGGCUCCUUGGGGGCGGCAACGGCGGGGCAGGCCGAGGAGCAGGAGCAGCCGCAGCCGCAGCAUGGGGAUGGCGGGAUGGCGGUGGGUGUGCGCGAGGCGGCGGCGCAGGUGGCGGCGGUGGCGGCGAUGCUGCAGGGCGACGAGUCGGCGCAGUACGGCUACACGGGGGAGUCGGGCAGCCUCUUGACUGCUGAUAUGGAGGCGGCGGCCCUGUCCGAAGGGCCGCCGGCGCCUUAAGCUUCGUGAAAUGCUACGUGAGCAGCAGGGGUGUCGGUUAGGUACAGGUAUGGGACUUUAAUAACUACGUCGUAGACAUCCGCCGGUAUCCUUUGGGUUGCAUUUGGGCCCCCUGGCCGCAAGACGCGUGCCGUGGUGAGUGCCGCAGUGCUGCGCUGGAAAGGCCGCGCCGUGGCGCGCAUGGUGGUGAUUCUAGUAGCGUGUUGCAGCUGCGGCAGGCGUUAUCGCACAGUUGCGGUUGGCGGAAUGACGGCCAUAAUUGCUUCUUCCGACUGGCAUGUACCAUACCUGAAACAUUUGGACUGUUGCACACAGGGCGCUGAGGCAUGCGCUCUGAACACUGCACAUGACCAAGCACGCACAUGCACAUGCCCUGCACAUGCAAGUGAUGGCUGCAGUACGGUAGCUGCACAGCGUGUUGGCGCCGUGUACGUCACUGCGUGCCAAGACGCCUGUGAGGCCGGCACUCUGGGCGGGUUCGUGGUCGACUUGCCUAUCUGUAUUGUGCAUAGUUCCAGUGCUAGCACUUAUCAAGCACUUAUAGCCGCCCUCUAAGCAUCUGGCGAUGAAGAAUGAGGUCGCCGUAUGCCCGCCGUUACCGUAGUCCAAAGCGUAGUCCUUUACUGCCGACCUCACGGUGUUUACAGCCGCCUCCAUUACAGAGGGUAGCCGUUCAUGUGGAGUGAUAUUUGUGAGCAUGGAUAAGGCUUUGCGACGUGCGAGUCCGGUUUUUAUACCCUGCGUGGAGUUAUGGACACUUCUGGUGCGGCUAACGGUACCAAGCUUGCACUGCAACCGAGUGAGCAGACGGGGCGGCGGCGACAGGCCCGUCAUGCGCGCUUCGUCUUCGCCGUGUACUGAUGAUGUUACUUGCCGUUAAAACUGUGUGCGGUAGGGUGGUGUGUGACGUGGGCCAACUGCUAACUGCUGACGCCCAGCGACGCAAGCGUUCAGGUGUUGUCGUCUUUGACGGCAAAUGUCAGUUACGUGACUGAGGCAUACGCAUACGGUUGCUGAAGCACAUGCAUUGGGUUGAAUUGGGGAAGGCGUGAACAGGCGCGAAGGACUGCAGGACACCGUAAGCUGUGCAGGAGACGGGGAGUCUGCAGUACAGUGCUACUGGCAACAGGGAUGUGGUGGAGCUGUCGCUGCCCGUGCCCCACCUCUCAAAUCUCAAUGCGAGGCGUCCUCGAUGCCGUGCUGAGAUGUUGAUAGCCUGUCAAGAGCCGCCCUGGCUGUUCAAAUAAG